AUGGCUGAGCAGCUGAUUCUGAAGGGUACCCUCGAGGGCCACAAUGGCUGGGUCACCAGCUUGGCUACCUCUCUGGAGAACCCCAACAUGCUCCUGUCCGCUUCCCGUGACAAGACCCUGAUCAUCUGGAACCUGACCCGCGACGAGUCGCAAUACGGUUACCCCAAGCGAUCUCUCCACGGUCACUCCCACAUCGUCUCCGACUGUGUUAUCUCCUCCGACGGUGCUUACGCUCUGUCCGCUUCGUGGGACAAGACCCUCCGCCUCUGGGAGCUCGCCACUGGCACCACCACCCGCCGCUUCGUUGGCCACACCAACGACGUUCUGUCCGUCUCCUUCUCGGCCGACAACCGCCAGAUCGUCUCCGGUUCGCGUGACCGCACCAUCAAGCUGUGGAACACCCUCGGUGACUGCAAGUUCACCAUCACCGACAAGGGCCACACCGAGUGGGUUUCUUGCGUCCGCUUCAGCCCCAACCCCCAGAACCCCGUCAUUGUCUCCAGCUCUUGGGACAAGCUCGUCAAGGUUUGGGAGCUCUCCACCUGCAAGCUCCAGACCGACCACAUCGGCCAUACUGGUUACAUCAACACCGUCACCAUCUCCCCCGACGGUUCCCUCUGCGCCUCCGGUGGCAAGGACGGUACCACCAUGCUGUGGGACCUCAACGAGUCCAAGCACCUGUACUCCCUCAACGCCGGUGACGAGAUCCACGCUCUCGUCUUCUCCCCCAACCGCUACUGGCUCUGCGCUGCCACCGCCAGCAACAUCAUCAUCUUCGACCUCGAGAAGAAGAGCAAGGUCGACGAGCUCAUUGUCGAGUUCGCCGCUGUCGGCAAGAAGAGCCGCCAGCCCGAGCCUAUCUCCCUGGCCUGGUCCGCUGAUGGCCAGACUCUGUUCGCUGGUUACACUGACAACAUCAUCCGUGCUUGGGGUGUCAUGUCGAGGGCAUAG